AUGCCUGCUCUUCGGCCUAGUUCCGUCCCAUCCCGAGUCGUCUCGCUGACCCGCCUGCCCCUUCCACGGCCUCUUCAUCCGCCGCCCGCCUCCCGGCUGCUCUCGACGUUUUCUAUCCGCGCUCCCCCUCCUUUGCCUCGCAAUUCUUCUACUGCCGCCCCGCGCUCCAGUAUCCCUCUUCGUUCUCCCACAACACACGUCUCAUCUUUGCUCUAUGACAAGGUCACCGUUGACGCUGCUGAAGCCAUCAAGAAGUAUGGCGUUGGUGUCAAGUGCGCCACCAUCACCCCUGACGAACAACGUGUCGAGGAGUUCAAGUUGAAGAAGAGUUUUCAGCCUUUUCGUCCGACGAAGCGUACCAGGCCGCUAACAUUCAGUAGGGGCGGCACUGUUUUCCGCGAGCCCAUUGUCAUCCCCCGCAUCCCUCGGCUUGUCCCUGGCUGGAAGAAGCCAAUCAUCAUCGGCAGACAUGCUUUCGGCGACCAGUACCGUGCGACCGACCGUCUGAUCCCUGGCCCCGGAAAGAUGGAGCUGGUAUACACCCCCACAAACGGCGAGCCUGAGCGCAUCACCGUCUACGACUUCCAGGGAGCUGGUAUUGCUCAGGUCCAAUACAACACCGACGACUCCAUCCGAGGAUUCGCCCACGCCAGCUUCAAAUUGGCCCUUCUGAAGGGUCUGCCCAUGUACAUGAGCACCAAGAACACCAUCUUGAAGAAGUACGAUGGCCGAUUCAAGGAUAUCUUCCAGGAGAUCUACGAAGCCGAGUAUAAGAAGGAUUUCGACGCCAAAGGUAUCUGGUAUGAGCACCGUUUGAUCGACGACAUGGUUGCACAGAUGAUCAAGGGUGACGGAGGCUGCGUCAUUGCCAUGAAGAACUACGAUGGCGACGUCCAAUCCGACAUUGUCGCCCAAGGUUUCGGUUCCCUUGGCUUGAUGACUUCCACUCUCACCACUCCCGACGGCUCUGCUUUCGAAUCCGAAGCCGCCCACGGUACCGUCACCCGCCAUUACCGCGAACACCAGAAGGGCCGCGAGACCUCCACCAACCCCAUCGCUUCCAUCUUCGCCUGGACCCGUGGUCUUAUCCGCCGUGGCCAGCUCGACGACACUGCCGACGUCGUCACCUUCGCCGAACAGCUCGAGCGCGCCUGUAUUGAGGUAGUCGAUGAGGAGGGCAUCAUGACCAAGGACUUGGCCUUGUCCUGCGGCAAGAAGGAGAGAGAAGCCUGGGUCACUACCCGCGAGUAUCUCGAUGCUGUUGAGCGACGACUUCGUAGCAACUUGGCGAAUGCCAAGCUCUAA